AUGGCUCUAGCUGCUGCUUGUAACCUUGAGCUUCAUCAAUUAGAUAUUAACAACGCAUUUCUUCAUGGCUAUGUUGAAGAAGAAUUGUAUAUGCAUCCACCUCAAGGAUACACUAAAGCUUCCCCAGGGCAAGUUUGCAAAUUAAAGAGAUCAUUAUAUGGAUUAAGACAAGCAUCAAGGCAAUGGAAUUUAGAAUUGACCAAGUUCUUACUUGCCUAUGGUUUUACUCAAUCAAAAUUGGACUAUUCCAUGUUCAUCAUGAAGACUGAUUCAGAUUUACUUAUAGUUGUUGCUUAUGUAGAUGAUUUAUUGGUGGCUGGUACCAAUUUAUCUACUAUUACUCAUCUUAAAGCACAACUACAUCAAGCUUUCACUAUAAAAGACCUUGGAGAGUUAAGGUACUUUCUUGGCAUAGAGGUUAAACGUGAUACUUCUGGGAUUCUUUUAAACCAACGCAAAUACAUUCUUGAUUUGCUUAAAAAUUGUUCUAUGGAAUCUUGUUCUUCUGCUGCUGUUCCUCUCCCUAAAGGCCUCAAACUCAGCAUUUAUGAUGGAGACAAACUUCCUGAUCCAGAGAUAUACAGAAGAAUCAUUGGUAAAUUGCUUUAUUUGAACAUGACUCGACCUGACAUAAGCUAUGCUGUUCAGCAACUUAGUCAGUUUCUUUCUGAUCCCAGAAUGCCACAUUUUUUGGCUGCUCAACAUGUUCUUAAAUAUUUGAAAGGCACAUUACAUCAUGGCUUAUUCUACUCAGCUCAGAAUUCUCUUCAAGUUGCUGCAUAUUGUGAUGCAGACUGGGGGACUUGUCAUUACUCAGGCAGAUCUCUCACUGGUUACUGUGUUUUCCUUGGCUCCUCUCUUAUCUCAUGGAAAACUAAGAAGCAAAAGGUGGUUUCUAAAAGUUCUACUGAGGCUGAAUAUCGUAGUAUGAGUCAUACUACAAGUGAACUUGUCUGGCUCGUUGGCCUCCUUAAUGAUCUCCAUAUUCAUCCUUCUCUUCCUAUUUCUCUAUUUUGUGACAAUAUUGCUGCUCAACAUAUUGCAGCCAAUCCUGUUUUUCAUGAUAAAACGAAGCAUCUCAAGAUUGAUUGUCAUUAUGUUAGAGAAAAUGUUCAAUCAGGUUUCAUUGCCACACAUCAUGUCAGCUCCCAGAUGCAGCUUGCUGACAUUAUGACUAAAGCUCUUGGAGCUGUCCAACACAAGUUUCUCACUGUCAAGCUAGGAAUGCUUCUUUCUGACUAA